AUUAGAGGGGCUGAUAUAGCUGCUGCACACGAAGAAGAGUAUAGAGAGAAAUAUAAGCAAAAGCAUGCUAAAGAUGAAUCUGUCGAGGAUGGCAAUAGCACAGGUGGCUCCACUGGUGCUGGAGAAACUCACAUCGAAGACACUGUUACCGAGGAAAUCACAAUGGCUGAAGUGCGGAAACGUUUAAGAGAUAGGGGACAACCAAUCUGUUUGUUUGGAGAGGAUGAACAACAUAUCCGUGCCCGAUUGCUAAAACUAGAAAUUGAGCAGCCUGACAUGAAGGAAGGCUGGAAGAACGAACUGCAGUCUGCUAUGCGCGACGUGGACGAAGAGUUGGUCAAGGAGUAA